UACAUUAUUUCUCGUAGGAUGUCACAAGGACUCAGACUGCAGACAUCAUUCAUGCCACACUAAUUACAGGCCGUUCUGCGAUCGACAUCACGGUCAUAAAUGCCACUGUAUAGCGGUGCCAACAACCCAUAAGCCAACUACCAUCCAGCAUUGUUCCAGAAGUACUGAAUGUCAUGGCUGCCCGAAUCAGAAAGUUGGACGAUGUUAUAACCACAUGUGUACCUGUAUAGUUGCUCCUACAACAACAUCGUCAACAUCAAUGCCAACCACAGAACAAACAACUUCUAAAAGGACAACAACGACAUCAGCAAAAACAACAGCAACAACAGCAUCAGCAAAAACAACAACAACGUCAACAACAUCAAUAACAACAACAGGCUCACCAACUACACAUUCAGCAGUAAGAAUGUGUCACACGUGUGGAAACGCUAAUAACUCAUUGCCUUGCGACACGAGGACCAUCUACUUGGGUAACUUACAAAGCUGUGAUCCGGGGGAGGACUUCUGUAUGACUGAUAUUGUCCACGAUGGGAGUCCCUAUCCUAAAACCUUUAAAAGGUGCGUGUCAGAGCAAGAGUGUCGAAACAAAUGGCUCCACCAGACGUCUGAUUUAGACUACUGUCUGCAAUAUGGAAGUGUUCCAAUGUCAGGACAGUACAGCUGCCAUUUUUGCUGUGUAGGAGAUGGGUGUAAUGCCGGGCAGAUUCCGGAUAAAUCCACCUACUAUUCCAGAGCAUGAAAAAAAAUUAUAUAUUAAAAAAUAAGUAAAAAAUUAUUUUAGAUUGGUCGAAUAAAACCACAUACUCUUAA